UUCCGGCCACCUCAGGCCUUUCCGCCUGUUCUGUUCAGGUUUUAGUAUCUGCUCCCCAGGUGGUUCCCGGCCCUAGGUCCGGAUCUCAGCACUGCUCACCCGCCCCCAGCGGCUCUCUAUCAACCCGAAUCUCCCCGAGGCUCGGAGCGAUUCGGCCUGAGGCCUGCCGCGCGCGGGGAGUCCACGCAGACCUGCCGCCGCGUCUCUCGGCAGCUCUGUUGAGGCCGCCGCCACCGCCUCGGGAUGCCGCGGCUGGGUUCCGCGCAGGGCUGGGGGGCCGCCGCGGGCCGUUGGGGCUGCAGGCUGCUCGCGCUGCUGCUGCUGCUGGUGCCGGGACCCGGCGGCGCCUCCGAGAUCACCUUCGAGCUGCCCGACAAUGCUAAGCAGUGUUUCUACGAGGACAUCGCGCAAGGCACCAAGUGCACCCUCGAGUUCCAGGUGAUUACUGGUGGUCACUAUGACGUAGAUUGUCGAUUAGAAGAUCCCGAUGGCAAUGUGUUAUACAAAGAGAUGAAGAAACAGUAUGACAGUUUUACCUUCACGGCUUCCAAAAAUGGGACAUACAAAUUUUGCUUCAGCAAUGAAUUUUCUACGUUCACACAUAAAACUGUAUAUUUUGAUUUUCAAGUUGGAGAAGACCCACCUCUGUUUCCUAGUGAGAACCGAGUCAGUGCUCUUACCCAGAUGGAAUCUGCCUGUGUUUCAAUUCAUGAAGCUCUGAAGUCUGUCAUCGACUAUCAGACUCAUUUCCGUUUGAGAGAAGCUCAAGGCCGAAGCCGAGCAGAGGAUCUAAAUACAAGAGUGGCCUAUUGGUCAGUAGGAGAAGCCCUCAUUCUUCUGGUGGUUAGCAUAGGGCAGGUAUUUCUUCUGAAAAGCUUUUUCUCAGAUAAAAGAACCACCACAACUCGUGUUGGAUCAUAACUACGUUUUGAGAAUUGAUGCACCAUUGCCACUGUAAUAUUGCUGUCCUCUAAUUAAUUUUAGGUAACCGAAGAACUUAAUAUUGACAACAUUUUAAAAACCUUACUCAUAUACUUGUUUGGGGGACUAUACAAUUCCUCAGACUGUGGAAAGGACACCUUUUUUUAUUUGUAAAGGUAUAAAAACUUUGGAACUUAUUUUGGGCUAUUCAUGUUAAAUAUUCAACAUCAAUGAUCUCUUUUCUUGGUUGUUUAUAUCUCCUCUUCGCACACUAAACUUUGGUAUUUUGAUUCCUUUUUGCCAUUUAAAAAUACUUUUCUUAUAGGUAGUGAAUAUUUUUAAAACCUUCGAUUUAAUAUCUACAUGUGUUGUGGAGGAAGAAAUUGCCUUUUAAUUGUUUAUAGUAAAUAAGGUUUUGUUUUUCAGAAAACCAAAUGUGAUUACCUGUAGCCCAAGCCCUAUUCUGCACUGUUUAAUUUUUAUGGGGGAAAAAAUCUACCAUAGAAAUGUUUGUUAAUAUUGAUACAAUUUUAAAUUGAUACAUCAUGGUAUAACUUAUUUUUCACUAGCUUGGAAAAUGUCAGAUUUUUGUUUUGGGGGUUCAUUCUAUGAUUUAUAACUAGAUAUGUUAUUUUUUUCAUAAAGACAUUCUUACUACAUAGAAAAUAGUAUGUUUCGGUAACAUAAUAGAGUUUAUACAGGCCUUAAAAAUCAGACUGUCAAACCAGAUAGAAUAAAUACAGUAAAAUUUAAGAUACUACAAUGUCUUAUAGGGGCAAAAGAAAAGUGAAAUUUUUUAUUGAAUCAUCUGUCAAUUAACAUUUUCAGUGCUUUUACAAAGAAAAAAGGUGAUCUGUUUCAUUUAAACAUUUAAUUGGCUGGUUCUUGCCAUUAUGUGGCUUUAAUGUUUUUGAGUCAUUCCCAGCUUAAAUUGACAGUUAUAAUAUUAAUAUUGUAAUAGUGCCAUACAUUUAAUCCCAAUAGGUGUGAUGCACUGAGAAGUUAGUUUCUUUGGAUUUUUUUUCUUUCUUUUUUCUUUUUCUCUUCCUUUCAUUCUUUCUUUCUUUUUUGUCUUGCACAUGUAAUUUGUAUAAUCCCUGGUUAGCAUCCCUAAAAUGAUUUAAAAAUUUAGAAUGCUGUGUGUGUUUUUUAUUUGAUAAUCCUCAUUGUACUGCAUUUAAUGAAUAUUAAAUAGUGCAUAUUCUGUAUACUAAAUGGUUUAAAAUGUGUUUGUAUUUUAUAACUUGUAUAGAUUGAGCUAACUGAAAUAAGAUUUUGUUUUAAGUAUUCUGAGAUAGAAUCCAAGAUAUUGCAAAAUUGUAUAGAUGUUUAAAGCUUUUCUGCUGUUAAAAAGAAAUUGCAACUGUUUUUUUUGCCAUGCAUUCCUUCCCCACCCAAAGGUUAUAAGUGCUGAAUAAGAUUCAUAUUGUACAGACUUCGAUAUGUGGUACCAUAGAAUACUGAUUGGAUAGCGAUUCUAGUUACCACUACUGACUAAAAGUUAACUCAAUUUUAAGCUCUUAAAAUACAUAUAUACAAGUAUACUACUGCAUGUAAGAGCAAAAGGAAUUAAAGUUGUCAUGCUGGCUAAUUUCAAAUGCAGUGUAGCAAGGGAUAAAUGUGUUUUCAACUUCAACCCUUUAAUUUUAAAUGUUUUGAAGAUCACAUAUCUAAUCCUUAAUAUCAGCUUAAAAAUGAAGUUUAAGAUUUUGUAACUUUACCAUUUGGAUUCUUAUAUUGGCGUUGUCUUGCAGCUUUAUAAGUGUCCCUCGGUAUUUAGAUUUGAAAAUUUUCAACACUAAUGUUAAUGUGACUCAUAAGCAUGGGUGUAUGUUAAAUGUCCGUUCUGGUUACCUGUCUGCUCUUUGUGUUCAGAUACUUAGACCAUAAUUAAACAGAGUCAGGUACCAUCAGGUGCCGAGUUUGGCAUAGAUAAUGCGGUUAUUUCAUCUCUGCCUAUCAAAACUUCGUAAUAUUAGACUAUUACUACAAAUAAUUUGUGAUAAAACUGUUGAGAUAUAUUUAAAUGUUUGAAAUCACCACUGUUACCUGUUGUAGAAAAUAGUACAGGCUUAGUUUAGUCUGUAUAUAUCUGGUUAAUGUUUGAUGGCUGCCUAUACUCAAACUGGGUAUGUAUAUAUAAAUGAGAAAAUACAUAUCUAUCCAGAUAUAACUGUUAAGUAAACUUUUUUUUUCUUCCUCCUCCUGUAUAAUUUGUAGCUCAUUCUUCUUCCUUAAUUCUUUCAUAACUUGAUAUAGCAGUUUGAAUUUCCCAAAUAUUUAUAUUUGGACAUAUGGCUCAGAAUAUUUAAACAUCAUUAGCUGUAUAUAUUUUUUAAGUAGAAUAAAUAAUGGAAAGGGACUUGAUAUACAAGUUUAUACUAAAAUUCCAACUGUGAAGAUACAUUAUAAGAUUGCUAAUAAUCUAAACAUUCUUUUUUCUAUUAAAAGAAACAAAUGGUGUGUGGUUCUUAACUUUCAUUGUGGCUUGAUGCUAAUCAUCUUUGAAAAAGCAAUGGACUGAGAAGCAGUUUUAUUAUUUGAAAGAUUUCAUUUAAAUCUCUGUACUAUCUAUAUUUGCUUUAGUUUAUAAAUGUGUAACAUUGAUAGUUAAAUAGGACAAAGCAGAC